GAGAAGGCUCCGGCGACAGCAUAUCAGCUGGCUCGUUGGUGCAAGUGGAAGUUCCAAACUACAUCACGCCUGUGAUGCAUAUGCCAGAGCCGGUGCCUGCCGAUACAACUACGGAACUUGCGGCAACUAUGUCACAAGCGGCCGACCUUAGGGAACUUGCGGCAACUAAUCAAAGGACGAGACGGGACCUGGACAAUCUUAUGGCAAAAUGGCAAGACUUGAGGAUACAAGCAAUCGCUCAGGCUGAGACUCAUCGGACGAUGAAGAUUAACACGCUCAAGCAGGAGUAUGAGGAGAUCACUAGAAACGUCGCAAGUGGAGGGAUUUCCGCGGACCGAGUUCGCAAAUAUGAACUGGAUGUGGAGUGGUGGCCGAGAAUUUUCAAGCAGGAAGAUGAGGUCUGGGCCAGCGUCAGACUAUACCUAUUAAACAAUUUCGCCAAGCUGCAGGAAAAAUGGGAACAAUACUCUACCUCGGUGCCAGUAGUAUCACCGUUCUUAGUGUCCUCUACUGAGCAGAUAAGACUGUCUGAAGAACAGAUGCAAAGGGAUGCCCUAAUAAGAGCAACCACGCUGAGGUCAGACUUGGGCCAGCUUCGGCGAGGUAUGCAGGAGGAAGCCGAGAGCAAUUUAAAAAAAAUGACUGACGAAAGAAUGGGUCACGGCUAUGGGUAUCAACCAGGCACUCGCGUUUACACCUGGUGGAAGAUGGUGUGUGACGACCUUCGUGAGGGUGUGAUAAGAGUGCCUUAAUUACCUGGCGAACAGCCCUUCACUCAGUGAAUCAUCUGGAGAAGAACAAGAACAACCGCGUUGAAGAUGUCGAGCCUCGC